CGAGUGUGUGUGAUGGGAACGCAGCCUUGUAUGGAAGUAAAGGGAGGAGGAGGACGAUAAGCAGCAGCUCUGCACCGCUGGCCAUGUUUAGAGCCUCUUGGCCAUCCUGCACUGCCACAAACAAUGCCUGCUUCUGCUAAAUUUAAAUCUGGACAGCUUAUGGUCCUGCGCUCGCUCCGCCACGCUCACUCUCACGCUCACUCUCGCUCGGCCGCUGGACCUCAUCACAGGGAAAGAUAACGGGAGAUCAGUUAUAAAAACCUCUUCAGGAAAAUGGGACAAUCCGACACUCCAUGGCUCCAUCCUUUAACACUCACUCUGUUCGUCAUUUUUUUAUCCCAUGAGCUCCAACAUGUUGCUGCUGGAGGAUCCAAGCUUCAUGACAUGUCAGUUCCAGCCAAUACCACAGACAACUGCACCGGUACCUAUCAGUGUAAAGAAGGAGUGAUCCUGCCAGUAUGGAGGCCAAAAAACCCGUCGUUUGGAGACAAGCUGGCCAGAGCCACCAUCUACUUCGUGGCUAUGGCGUAUAUGUUCCUCGGGGUCUCCAUCAUUGCGGACCGUUUUAUGGCAUCCAUCGAGGUCAUCACAUCACAAGAGAAGGUUAUCACCAUCAAGAAGCCAAACGGGGAGACCACCACCACUACGGUCCGCAUCUGGAAUGAAACCGUGUCCAAUCUCACCCUGAUGGCGUUGGGAUCCUCUGCUCCAGAGAUCCUGCUCUCCGUCGUGGAGGUUUGUGGACACAACUUCGCCGCAGGAGAUCUGGGGCCGAACACCAUCGUGGGCAGCGCCGCCUUCAACAUGUUCGUCAUUAUCGGACUUUGUGUGUCCGUCAUCCCAGAUGGCGACCAUCGCAAAGUGAAACACCUCAGAGUGUUCUUCGUCACUGCAGCUUGGAGCAUCUUUGCUUACACCUGGCUCUACCUAAUCCUGGCUGUGAUUUCUCCAGGUGUGGUGGAGGUGUGGGAGGGUCUACUGACGCUCUUCUUCUUCCCCAUAUGUGUGGUGUUCGCAUGGGUCGCUGACCGCAGACUUCUGUUCUAUAAAUAUGUUUACAAAAGGUAUAGAGUUGGGAAACAGCGAGGAAUGAUCAUCGAGACGGAAGGAGAACCGGAACUCCAAUCAAAAACAGACGUUGAAAUAGACGGUCAGAUGCUCAGCUUUCUCGAUGGAACUGUGGAUGCAUCUGAGGAGAUGGAUGAGGAGGAAACCAGGAGAGAAAUGGCAAGGAUUUUGAAGGAACUGAAACAGAAACAUCCAGAAAAAGACAUGGAGCAGUUAGCAGAGAUCGCUAACUACCAACUUCUCAGCCUGCAGCAAAAGAGUCGAGCAUUUUAUCGCUGCCAGGCCACAAGGCUCAUGACUGGUGCAGGAAACAUCCUGAAGAAACAUGCAGCAGAUCAGGCCAGAAGAGCACUCGGCACCUAUGAACUACGGUCUGAGGUUUCAGAAAAUGAUCUCUCCUCAAAGAUCUUCUUCGAUCCCGGUUCAUACCAGUGUUUGGAAAACUGUGGCUCGGUGGCUCUGAACGUGGUCCGACGUGGUGGAGACUUGACCAGCAUGGUUUCUGUGAACUACCGGACAGAAGACGGCACCGCCAACGCGGGCUCCGAUUACCAGUUCACUGAGGGUGUCAUCGUCUUCAAACCGGGUGAGACCGAGAAGGAAAUCCGAGUGGAGAUCAUUGACGAUGACAUCUUUGAAGAAGACGAGCAUUUCCUGGUCCAUCUGAGCAAUGUCAGAGUUCUGUCUGAAGGAACAAACCAUGAGGAUUCCAUGUCCAAUCACGUGGACAGCCUGGCAGGACUAGGACUUCCAUCUACCGCCACGGUGACCAUCUUCGAUGACGAUCACGCUGGGAUCUUUACGUUUGAGGAACCAGUGAUGCACAUCAGCGAGAGCAUCGGGGUGAUGGAGGUGAAGGUGGUGAGGAUGUCUGGAGCUCGAGGAGUUGUUGCAGUUCCAUAUAAAACCAUCGCAGGAACAGCUAAAGGAGGAGGUGAGGACUUUGAGGAUACCUACGGAGUCCUGGAGUUCCAGAACGACGAGAUCUCUAAAUCUGUUCAGAUCAAUAUUAUCGAUGAUGAGGAGUAUGAAAAGAACAAGAACUUCUUCAUGGAGAUUGGAGAGCCGCGGUUGUUGGAGAUGAGUGAGAGGAAAGCUGUCUUACUGCAUGAGUGUGGUGGCUUCAUAAAGACAGAGAAGCAGCUCUUCGGGAGAGAUGUGUACCGGAAGGUGCAGGGUAGAGACAACCCAAUCCCCUCUAACAUCAUCACCAUUACAGAUGAAGGAGUGAAGCGUUCUCUAUCUCAGAAGGAGGAGGAGGAGAUGAGGAUAGCCGAGCUGGGACGGCCAUCUUUAGGAGAAAUCUCUCGACUGGAAGUCGUCAUUGAGGAGUCCUACGAGUUCAAGAGCACAGUAGAUAAAUUAAUAAAGAAAACAAACCUGGCUCUACUGGUGGGGACAAACAGCUGGAGAGAGCAGUUUGUGGAGGCCAUUAAAGUCAACUCAGGAGGAGAUGAUGAUGAUGAUGAAGGGUGUGGAGAAGAGAAGCAGCCGUCGUGUUUUGAUUACGUCAUGCACUUCUUGACCAUCUUCUGGAAGCUGGUGUUUGCGUUGGUUCCUCCCACUGAUUACUGGAACGGCUGGGCGUGUUUCAUGGUGUCCAUCUGUAUGAUCGGUCUGCUCACGGCCGUUAUCGGAGAUCUGGCCUCACACUUCGGCUGCACCAUCGGCCUGAAGGACUCGGUCACCGCCGUGGUGUUUGUCGCCCUCGGCACCUCGGUCCCAGACACAUUUGCGAGUAAGGUGGCAGCGAUACAGGACCAGUAUGCUGAUGCGUCCAUUGGGAAUGUGACGGGCAGUAAUGCCGUGAACGUGUUCCUGGGUAUUGGCGUGUCUUGGUCCAUCGCCGCCAUCUUCCACAAGUGGCAUGGUAAUGAAUUUCACGUGCAACCGGGAACGCUGGCCUUCUCCGUCACACUCUUCACCAUCUUCGCCUUCGUGUGCAUCGCCGUGCUGAUGUACCGCCGCCGGCCCAGCAUCGGGGGAGAGCUGGGGGGGCCGCGGGGGGCCAAAAUCCUCACCAGUGGUCUGUUCUUCAGCCUGUGGCUCCUCUACAUCAUCCUGUCCUCACUCGAGGCCUACUGCAUCAUCGAGGGCUUCUGAACACACACACACACACACACACAGAACAUCCUAGCUCUAUUUAAAGAGAUAAAAACAGGAAGUCAUGUCACUGUCACACUGUUAGAGACUUUCUGAGCGUGAACACUAGCAAGAAAACACAACUGGACUACAGAUCAUCAGUUCUAAAAAUGCAGGAAAUGACAUCACAGUCUCAUCCUCCUGCCUCAUUACAGGCUUUUAAAGUGAAGCAACGGACAGAACGAUUAGAUGUUUCAGGGUUGGUCUUCAGCAGCCAUUAAUGUUGGGAGUGUUUAUGUGUUCAUGUGUGGGUGUGUCACCAUCAGUGCCUACUUCACAUGACUGAGCAAGGUCAGCCAGAGAUGUCUCAGUUACUCAUCUUCAAACGUUCCCCUGACUGUGAGACUGUGUGUGUGUGUGUGUGUGUGUGUGUGUGACUCUCAAACUUCUUCAACAUUCAGGAAGAACAGAAGGCUGCACAGCUGGACGAGCUUCCUGAGUUUAUCCUGCCUCACCGACAGUCAUUCUGGGAUGUGACACGCCCACACGGCUCUGAUUAGGAGGAAGUUUUAUGGUGUUUAUCUGAAUUAUAGUUACGGUUCUGAUUUUCUUGAAUCCACUGUGUUUGUUUAAUGUUUAGAAAGUUUAGUGUCACUCUGAAUAUUGUUUGCAUUUCAGUUCCUGUGAAAGUGGUGUUACAGCAUUAAUCUGAGGCGGUGUAUACACACACAAAUCUAACUCCGCCCCCUCGUUCUAGCCCCCGCCCCACAUCAUAACCCCACACACUGGAUGUCUUUUAUCUAGAAACCAGAUUUUAUGCAUUUUAUUUGUAAAUUAAAUGUGUGUUUGCUGAUAAAAAUCA